CUGAGAAAAUCAGGCUAUAUAUACCUACAUUCUACCUGAACAAAUACACCUGCUGUGCACCUGGCCGAAUACACCUGUAUUUUACCUGGCCAAAUAUCAUCCGGCGAUCCACAUACAUUUUUACCUUGUAUGUGGGCAUUUAGAAUGGACUUCCUAAGCCAGGACUUCCAGGAUGCCAUUGAUGUGAUUCAGCGACAAUCCGAUGAUCAACACUAUGAAACGGAAUUCAAAUACUAUGAGACACUUAGCAGUCAGCUGCCAUCUGUGCCGGCUGGCGUCCACUGUUACCCCCUGACCCCUGUGUCUGAUGUCACAGGGCCAGUUUAUAACUGCACUGAGCCACCGUCCUGGGACCACAGCAUAGCAGACGUCUCUCUCGCUCCCCCUACGCCCACAAGCAUCCCGCAGCUCUGCUCCAUGUUCCCUCCCCAGAGGAGCAGUAAAGGUCGUAAGAAGCUGCGUCUGUACGAGUACCUGCACGAGGCCCUGCACGAUGUCAACAUGGCUGACUCCAUCCAGUGGGCCGACCGCAGCACCGGAACCUUCCACUUUGUCUCCAAGAACAAAGAGAAGCUGGCGGAGUGCUGGGGCACACGCAAGGGCAACCGCAAGAUGAUGACCUACCAGAAGAUGGCGCGCGCACUGCGCAACUACAGCCGCACGGGCGAGAUCAUCAAGGUUCGCCGCAAACUCACCUACCAGUUCAACCCCGUGAUUCUGCAGAGGCUGAACCACACCCCUGGCCACACCCCACGGGAAACAGUGUUCCACCAGUAUGUCCCUGCUGACCAAGGCUUCUACAGCACAGUUCCAUCUGACUGGAACAACUGGUACGGACAGUUCCCCUGUCAAGGGGAGUAUGACCUCACCUGCGCCCUCUCACAGUCCAACGGCACAAAGGCAUGAGUCAUGUUAAAGACAGGAAGACUCGGUAGAGGGACUAUGAAAAUGUACUGUACAUAAUUGAAGCAUAAAUGGGAUAGGAUAGCACUGGGGUUAUGAUGUCAGUGGGUAUGCCAUUAGUGCUUCCAUUCACUGAGUAUGUGUGAUUAGUGCUGAUCUGUUGAGAACUCCAGUUUGAGUUCAGUGGUGAGUGACUGGUUAACACUGAGACAGUGUUCCUGAUGGUGUCUCAGUCUGUGAUGUGGGACAGUUUAACACUGAAGCAAGUUUUGUUCUGAUACUGUCGAAGAGGUGUGAUGGUUUAACAGCGCUAACAGCGUUCCUGUUGAUGUCACUGUAAGAGAGGUGUGAAGGUUUUACACUGACACAAGUGUUGCUUAUGAUUCCAGAUUUGGAAAGCUGGAACUGUUGAACAGAAAUUAUAUUCCUUAUAAUGUUGCGAUUGUUUGUGAGGUAAAGCUUCAAAGCUAUAUUCCAGGGAUGUUACGGUCAAAGAGGUGUGACUGUUUAUCAACAAGACAAGUGCUGAUAACUUUGCAGUUAGCAAAACAUGUUAACAUGUGAAAUGCCUUUGCUUAUUAUUGGGGUUGUUAUCGACAGCUCAAGAUUGUUUCUUAUCUUAACGUGUGUAUUCCUUUGAGAGAACCAUUAUCUAGUUGUUAGUCUGUCUUGAUCUUCUCUAUCUCUCUAAACUUAAAGCAACUAGCCACUGGGCAUGCACAAACAAACAAAUAAAAAAUAAAACAAACAAACAUGCA